GAUACUGCAGCCAGUCGAAUUGUCGAACUCUCGAAAAAAAAUCGGGAGCUUUCAUCACAAAUUGGAAUCGAAAAAACGCAAUCCAAAGAACUAGCUAGAAAAUUCGCUGAACUUAAUCGUGAAUUAGAUCAAUUAAAAAAAGUAAAUCUGGAUUUUCCAAACGAUUUUAAAAAUAAGAACGAUGGGGAUAAUGAGGUAUUUGAUACACAAGAAGAGUUAGAAGUGACUAAGGAGAAAUUAGCCCGUACUUCAACAAAAUUAAACGAAUACCGGUCCCAAUGCCAAUCGCAAAAGCAAGAAUUAAAAACUAUGCACAAGAUCCUUAUUAGCGAACUUGGUGAUAAUGUAAAUAUUAACAAUCUACUAAAUCGAUCAAGCAAUUGGAGAGGCAGGCAACAACAAAUUAUAUCAUUACAAGACAAGGUUUGCGAAAUAGGAUAUACGAGUAGAUGGAUAUUUUAG